UACCAACUGAUAAUGUGUAUGUGCUGUGGUUACCCUACCCAUGUCAAGCCUUGCAGUUGGUGUCGAAAAGUUGUGCUAGUACCGAUCGAUAAACAUUGGGAGCAUGCAUUGUUUCCAAGCUUUUGCUCCUCUUCGGGUAAUGGCUGCUGCUUUGACUAUCCGCAGCCUAGCUUAAGCCGAACUCAAAAGGCAGUGGCCGGUGGUUGGCCACACCUCAAUGCACCGCCCGUUUUGUCUGUCUUUCUGGCGAUCUGGUCAGGUGAAAAGAAAAUCCUAGGAUACCACGGCGUUGCUGACGAGGUAAUACUUUCGGUGUCUCGUGGUGUGGGGUCCCACGCCACGCUUCUCUCUCUUUUUCCGUUUCUCCCUUGCAAUUUCCAAAAUCCAGCUUGAGAAGUCGGACUAUACAAGAUCAGUCAGUAACUGCGUUCAUCCACUCCACCACUGUUCUUGCCUGCCCCCCAACUCACCUUUUCCAUCGGCUAUUCUGAUCGGAGGAGAGAUCUGUCCUGAGAUGGACUCCCCAGGCAGAAGUUGCGGGCUGUUCGGCGCCCAGAGAUCGCUGCAUGACCUCCUCGGCGGCGGCACCGUGGCGGAUGUGGCUCUGUGGAGGAGAAAGGAGGUGGCCGGCGGGUUGCUGGCCGCGGUGGUGGCGUCCUGGGCACUCUUCUACUGCGUGCCCGGCUACACGCUGCUCUCCUUCGUGCCCCAGGUGCUUAUGAUCCUGCUCACCGUCCUCUUCUUCUGGGCCAAGGCUGCUCGGCUGCUCAACAGGACUCCCCCACCUGUUCCAUUGAUGAAAAUCUCUGAAGAUUCAAUGAGUGAAGCGGCAAAAACAGUGGGUAACUUCAUGAAUAAGGUGCUCCAGGAUUUUGAAAAUAUUGCACUUGGGAAGGACUCCAGCCUCUUCUACAAAGUGGCUUUUGUCUUGUUCUUGACCUCCAUAGCUGGCCGAUUGACUGAUCUUAUCACUUUGGUAUAUACAAGUGUUGUUAUUGCUCUCACGAUCCCUGCAUUGCUGGAGAAAUCCGAAGAACACAUUGAUAGGUUCUUCAAGAAAGCUUCGAUAUAUGUUCAGGCAUGUUGGCGAGCGUGCGAAGAAUGUAAACCCAAGGUGAAGAACGGGAUAUCGGAAAAGACGAAGCUGUGUUGAUGUCAAUGUAAAUUCGCCAGAAAAAAAAUUGCCUUGUGAAUUAGCUUGUCUUUCAAAGCUAAACAGUUUUGACUUUUGACAUCUAUCACAAUCUUGGUCUAUCUAUAUGACACGGUAGCCUUGGAGCUGCAAUGUUCUAUAGUGCCAGACCAAAUGGUCAUUUUCUUUGCGUGGUUAUGUUCUAUGACUGUUUUUGUUGUCUCCGCUGGAUCAGCAACCCAGCUGCGGAUAUGACUGUAUGAGCAUUCGAAUCGGCGGUUCUUUUAUCUUGUUAUCCCUUUACAAAAUAUAAUUCCUCUUUCAAGAGCUUUUGGUUAA